AUGUUGAUUGAAGAUGUUUUAAUCGAGCUGCGCUCUCGAUUGAGGAGCUGCAAUGUAUUCAUUACAACUGGAGUCGACUUCACCAAAAACUGUAAUUUGAAAAUAAGUAUACAGGCUAAUUGUAUUGUCUUGAAUUAUUAUAAGGAUAAGGAUAGGGAUAAGGAUGUUAAGUCGAGAAGGGACAGUAUUUCUUCCGAAGAGAGUCUUUCUGACUGGUGGUCGGACGAAGAAGGUGAAGUGAGCACUGUGAUCCCAUUCCAACAGUUUUGCAAAAUCAUACCAAAUUCUAUGUCAUGUCUCAAAAUAGAAAAGAGAACAAUUUCAUUCAGAUUGCUGACUGAACCUAAGAAUGGUGGCAACUUCUAUAAAGAACUGUUAUCCACGAAUAAUCCGGAGAGUUCUACCAAAGGAAAUAGUUUAAAAUUAAACUUGAAUGCGGGUGAAGAAUUGCAAUUAACCUGCGCUAACUGUUGUAAUGCAGUUUCCGUUAAACGCGUAAAAUUCGACCGUAUUUUAGAGCUACCAACGUCCAAUUUGGACAUGUCGGAGUGGUUUUGCCAUGGAAAUGGACAUGGGCAUAGCCAUGGUCACAGCCACGAGGAGUCUCCACAGACAUCCAACACCAUAAUUAAGCCAAACAAAAGUGAUUUUCUUUAUAGACUGACUUUCUUUGUUGUGAACAAUACCAUUUUAUCGGAUAAGAUUAACAAAUUCAACGCUACAAGACCUGUUUAUCAUUGCAACAGGUGUCUAGCGUGGCUGGGGCUCAAAGACAAGGAUACUGUGAAACUAUUCAACUCAGAAAUUAGAAUUACGCGCAAUGAUACUGAGUCAGUGAUAUUCGCACACAAAAAUGAACAGGAUAUACACACAGAUGAUUUUAUUUAUACAAUUGAAAGUAUGACUAGAGAAUUUAAUCUCGGAUUCCAGUAUACAGUGAUGUGUAAAUUAGUUCUUGAAUGUACCGUGUCAGCUGUGAAGAAACAAUAUUUGUUAAUAUGGGUGAUGGAUAAAGAACUACAAGUGCUCAGAAAUGAUGUUCUAACUUUCUUAUUCGAAGACCGAAUUCAUUUGCAAUCGACCUCAGUCACUAAAAUUCUAUUCAAAGUUGAAUUGAGUAUGAAUGAAGAAGUUGAAUCCUGGGUUUCUGACCCAGGAGUGGUCACCACUGAGAUAUCAAAAGGCAUGUUCAAUAAUGGACUCGCCCAUUUGGAGAAAAUGUCCCAAAAAGUACCAGAACGCUUCCGUAAUACCAACGGUUACUGUGUAAGCUAUCUUAAAGUUUGA